GUAGUCGGUAGUCAGCAGUCAGCAGUCAGCAGACGGGUGAAGGAUAAAGUGUGACGUGAGCUUGGGCAAUCUGAAUUUUUUGCCGCGCAUAUUCAGUCAUGUGAAUUUCAACAAUAACAACAGAUCCCACAGUCUCCCCAUCAGAUUAUUGCGAGUUUGUGUGCGAGUGUGUCUGUGUGAAUAUGCGUGUGUACGCGCGUGUGCCAGCGUGUGUAAUCCAAGAAAAUCUGUCACGUGCUUUGGAUAUCUCUUUGUUCUACUACACACGCAGCGAAUUUAUUGAAAAUAAAAGAUAAAUGUGCCUGACCCACAACACAAAUAAGAGAAGUUCGCACCAAAAACCAAUACGAAGACAACAACAGUAACAACAUCAACAACAUCGAAUCCAAGGGAUAAAAUCAAACCCGAAACUUACUGCACACAACUGACAGAUGUUGGCGUUGUUGUUUUAACUGCUGAGUGGCUCAGGGAAAACACAACUCAAGUGAAUCGAGGAAAGUACAAGAGAGCGGGCCAAGGGACUGGACCAGAGACUAGAAGCAUGGCAAAUAGCCAAAGGUUGUUUAUGACGAAACAAGAGGAAAGCUCAUAAAAAUACAUGAAGAGCUAAGCAAAACAAACAAGCAAAUGCAUCAUCUACUCAAACUUAAAUAACUCGAUAGAUAGUUAAAUCAAACGAUUGAAUAUGCAAAAAUCCAGUGUGAAAACAUUUCGCGAUAAAAUUGGCAAUAAAAACCAAAACCGUCCCACAUAAAUCGACGAUUAUUGCAACACAGAAGAACUCCAUAUAUUUUAUUUGCCCCGAAAAGUUGUUAUCUAAAGAAGCAACGGAUAGUAAAAUUGCAAACGCUUGCAGAAAUCGAGAUUAAAAACAAACCAAAUAUAUCGCACCUCGCAUUUAUAGCGUUGCGUUGCGUAUACGUCACAUGUGCCCCAGUGACAUCACGUAAAGGCGUUGUUCACUUUCAGCAAAGAAAACAAAGAAGGGAGAAAAACACGAUAUUAGGGUGGUGUUAAAUGCGUUUACAUAUCUGCGGCGCGGCAGCUGCCGCUCCCCCUGGUGGUGCAUCGAGAUACCAGUGAAAGUGCUGAGACUCGCAUUAUUUCUGCGUAGGUGAACAUUUAUCGCUCUGAGGAAGCGCAGCAUGCGCUUGUGGAAAAAUCGAUCAAAAAUGCGAAUAGACAGAACAGCGAAGGUGCACACCGCACCGCACUACCGGCCACAAUUGGCACAGUUACUUAUCGGCGGCAUUCUCUACAUGACAAUUGCGUCACAUCCACAGACGACAGCAGCCACAGCAGUCACAGCCGCCGCCAAUUUCGAUGAGAGCGGCAUGGAUUCAUCAUCCUCAUCCUCAUCCUCCUCUUCCUCGGCUUCGGCUUCAGCUUCAGCUUCGGCGACAUCAUCAGUGGGGUCGUCAGCGGCCGCAGCAGCAUUUGCGGCGGCUCAGAGCUCGCCUCUAAUGCCCGAGGUCGGCGCCCUGCUGGCGAGUGGUGUGCUGGUGGAGCCCUAUCUGGAUGGCUAUGCCACAUCGAAUGUAACCACACAGAUCGGCACACAUGCUUAUCUGCCUUGUCGGGUUAAGCAGCUUGGCAACAAGUCCGUGUCCUGGAUUCGACUUCGUGAUGGACACAUACUCACAGUUGACAGGGCUGUCUUCAUUGCGGAUCAGCGUUUCCUCGCACUCAAGCAGCCAGACAAGUACUGGACACUUCAGAUUAAAUAUGUGCAGGCGCGAGAUGCCGGCACCUACGAGUGUCAGGUCUCCACGGAGCCCAAAGUGAGCGCGCGUGUCCAGCUGCAAGUUGUUGUUCCUCGAACCGAAAUUCUGGGUGAGCCCGAUCGCUAUGUUAAGGCUGGCAGCAAUGUCGUCCUACGAUGCAUUGUGCGUGGUGCCUUAGAGCCUCCGACGUUCAUCAUGUGGUACCAUGGCGCCGAGCAGUUGGCCGCCGAUUCGCGUCGCCAUCGCACACAAUUGGAUCCGAAUUUGCCAGAGGCGAGCGGCGAGGGACAGAGCACGAUCGGCUCAUUAAUCAUUGAGUCAGCCAAGAAGCGUGAUACUGGCAAUUACACUUGUAGCCCCUCAAACAGUCCCAGUGCAACUGUGACGCUCAACAUAAUAAAUGGGGAGUCCUCCGCCUCGGCGGUUACGUCAUCGGCUCCUGUAACUCGGGCGUAUACUUUAUGUGUCCUGGGAUUGCUGCUGAGUGUCAUUGUCAUCAGUGUCGGACACAGGACAUGACAUGUUGAGGCUGGGCAGAAAGAAAAGCUGAUUUAAUGGAAUGGAUGUGAAUGGAAGCAGAGCCAUUGGUUAAAGUAAAGUAAAAAUACUCGGCCAACAAGAUUAAUAGAUGCAUUAAAAAAGACACAAAAAACACAAGCAAAUUGAUAAGAUUAAUUUAAACAAAAAAUAUAUAUAUAAUUAAUAUGCCAUACGAAGUAUAAUCGAAUACAUGUUGUAUGUUAUGUGUAAGCUAGUUGGUUUUGUCUACUAGCUAAAUUACUUAAUAAGUAAAUACAAGAAAAUUCGGAGCAACUGAGAUUAAAAUGCAACAUUUUCUCCACAACUUCGGAAUUUUAAGCAACUCAUGAAAUUGCCAGUUCUGCGAGCUCUAAGCAACUAGUUGUUCAACUUUUGGACAUAAGCAGUCAACGUGUUCAAGUGUCCAAGAAUUCACAUUUAUCUGACUUUGCAUUUUGUUGCAGUUCUGUGGGAAAUGGAAAGUCCGAGUGGGAGUCCUCGUAUGUUUACAUAAAUACAUAACCGUAAAUAUUUAUGCAGCAUGAAAUGAAAUUGCAUCAAUAUUCUUAUCAACCUGUGCAUAGUCGUUCUAGUUGUGUAACAAACUGAAUCACAAAUGAAUUUUGGAAUUGCAAUAGAACGCAAGCAAUUGGUCAACUGAAACAAAUUGGAAUUUCUAGAUACCAAACUGAACAUUUAUGGUCGGAGUUCACACUCGCUAUGCUGCAUUAAUUAAACAAAAAUAUUUCAUUUAUUUAUGCCUGUUUAUCUUCGGUAUUUCAUUUAUGUCUGUUUCCAUUUUAUCCGGGCUUUGUAUUUAUUAUACCCCGUGAAUUCUAGGGAAAUAUUUCAAUCAUUUUUGCUUUCUGAUUAGUUGUGUUUCCAACAUUUCUAAAAAUAUGCAAUCGAUCAGAUAAUUUUGAUGAUUAGAAUUCUUUUCGAUUUGAUAUAUCUUUCGUCUAUGACCUGUGAAUAUUAUUACAAUUUCUAUCUAUAUUUAUUACAAAAUUCUAAAGUAAAUAAUUUUAAAUUAAUCAAUUUUCAUUUGCUAAUUUGAAAACACAUUUAAAGCAUUAUUCUCACUAAGUUCUUCCAGGUGGGGAAAGAAUAUAUUUGCAAAAUUAUUUGUUUUGAGAGAAAAUCGCAUCAGUUUAUCUGUAAGCAUAGACGUAAGGCGUCAACUGUAUAUAAUCGAAAAAAGGAUGUAAAAUAAUGAAAUACGAAAUUGUCAACAAAUAAAAUAGAUAAAAAAUAUGAUGUUCAAGCAUUUGCCCAUGGGCUGAGAGUAUUAAAAAUACUAAUAAAUUGCAUUUAAAACAAUAUGAAAAGUAAAGGUAACCUAGUUGAAUAUAGUAUAAAUCUGUGUGUAAGCAAGCAGCAGUCGAAAUGCACGAGUGCAUGAAUUUAUUUACACACUUGUAUCGAUUUUAAAUAAUUAAAUACAUAAAAAACAUACAACGUGGAAUGCAACUACAAACAAUGACAAUGUCUGCUAUAAUAACAAUUGCUGCUGGCCUUGUCUUUCAUUUUGAUUCGAAUUCGUUUGAUUUCCGCUCACAGUUGCAAUUAAGUUGAAAUCGAAAGGGUGAGAAAGAGAGCCAAAUAAAAGCCAAAUUGUUGACACAAAUGUAAUAAACAAUAAACGCUUAAUUGCAAUUAGUUGCAGCGAAUUAACUUAAAGUUCAAUUAAUCGAACGUGCAUUGAUUGCACUCAAUAUUAACGAAAAGCAAAACGAUAAAGAAUAAAUAUAAUGCCAAAUGGCGUCACACGGCGAACGUUCGAAAUAUGUACAUACAUAAAAUAUACAUAUAUGUAUUUAUGAGUUACUUGUCGGUCAUUAAUAAAAUCAACCACAAUCACCGGAGAGAACAUAAAUGGGGCAACACUGUGGUCAGCAGCCUGUGGCGCCUUGCAACAUUUUUUAAAUCCCAUUCUGUCUCCUAUGAUAAACACGUAUCAAAUGUUUGCGGUCGUUGUGGUCUGCCAGCAAUCCUUGAGCCAACCCUUCUCGACUAUCAACACAUUUAUUUUGAACAGAGCAAUUGGAUUAAUUAAACCCGUUUCCAUUUAAUACACACACACUCAAACACACACAUAUAGUUAACUAUUUAAGCAGCAUUCGUUGAAAUGUUGAACAAUGACGAAAUUUAGAAUUUAAGUGAAUAGUGAAAAUACUUCAAACGAAAUCAAAAUACAUUUCUAAGCUCUUAAGUGUUUUUCAUAUGAUUAAUUACGAAUACUUACCGACGUGACGUGAAAGGUAAGCUUAGUCACGUAUUAAAUUUAAUUACAACUUUAAUAAUCGUACAUUUAAUAAGUAUAAUCAAAACUGACAAUGAAAUGAAAAUCGAAAAUCGGAUAAAAUCGUUUCAUCAAUAGCUAAAAUGUUGAAAACCUUCUAUGUAAAUAAAUGCCACAAUACUACUAUAGUACGAACGUAGCAUGAGAUUUAUUUUAAAUUCAUAUGCAUAAUUACACCUACACCUACACUAUACAUAUACAUACAUAUAUACAAUUAUAGCAAAAUUACCGUUAAGUACCAACUAAUAACUACAUACUUAUAUGGAAAACCCGAGCAUAACACUAUGUGAAACUCUCAACAGAGAAAAUUUAUUGCAUCAAAUAAAUAAUAAUCCAAAUAACUAA